CAUCGUCGCGAUACUAGAUGAAAUAUAUUUUACAUUGCAAAUACGCAUUCUGUUAUUCUGCCCUUUCUCCUCCCUUCUUCUUCUCAUUGAGUUAAUGGAGAGGGGAGGGGGAGGGGGCGGGCAAGAAACCACAAUGAGUUAACAUGUAAUAUUAUAAUAACAAGCCUAAUUACGUUCCUCUUCUCGUCUGUUAAUUAUUAAUCAUGAGACAAUGAUGAGAUGACGACAAUGAUUUUAAUCAAAAAAACAAUUUAAUACCGUCGUCGUCGAUAGAAGUCUGCGUAACGUCCAUCUACUUUUAUCCUUUAAAAUGAUUCGAUACACAUUUUAAUUGUGGAUAAUAUACCGUUAUUAUUCUAAAAGUAUAACGUACCUUGACUGCUCUUACACCAAAUACGUUAUAAAGAUUCAUUAUUACGUUUCGUUAUUACGAACCAUUUUGCAUUAGUAUGGAGAUGCCUUAUCGUCAGGGAGAAAUUUAUUGCGAGAAAUAUUGAGCACCAGAGCAACCAUAAUUUGUCCCUGAAAUCAAUUUUGCAUGUUAGCUAGCGACGAUCCAUUUUUGACGUAGGACCGGUUACCUCAGCGCCGUUCAAUUUCCAAACAAUUUCUGACAGAUAUGGGUAUUUAUCGUUGGACUGCGUAUGCCUGCUGGUAAAAGGAUUAGUGACGAACGAAUGACGCGGCAAACAUCUCAGCCAUUUGCGAUUGUAUGGGCAUUUGAACAAUUUGGCCCAGCAGUGCACCGCCCCUGCUAUUUCUUAUCAAAAAUCCAAGUGCUUGCCGGACGAUUCUCCGAUAUAUCACUGUAUCGCUUUGAGACAAAUGAUUUCGUCUUUGCGCUACGCAAUCACAGCGAUGGAUCUUCUUCUUCAAAUGUCAAUGAAUAAUAAGUUUUCCACUGUUAGAUCCAAUCUCUUCCCUUGAAUUUCGACGUAAAAAAUCAUUUACAUAUCUUGUUUUUCACAUAUACGUAUGUAGAUCGCUGUUCCCAUCUUUUCAUAAAUCUCUGUUCACAAUAGUACUUUCAAGUUGAAACAUAAGACUAAACGUCUAGAUAAACUCGAAAUAUCCGUAUGUCUGAUACAUAAAUAACGAGAGUAAGAGAGUGUGGCAGUCUUGGAAGAAACGCGUAUCGCUAAAGAUCCUAUAAAUUAUCACGUUCUCUAUCUCCCCAGCUAUUUCAUAAGUAUCGCCUUUUGUAAGUGGCGCGAGUAAGCUCUCCUAUAACUAACUGAAUAUCUAACUUAUCGUAUCCAGAAAUAUGUGAUUUCCUACCAGUUCCAGACCGUCUUAUUACACGUCAUAUCCGCGAACGCUAACUCUGUUGCGUGAGAUCGCCUCCCUCUGCACCUGUUUGCCGCUUAUCGCAACCGGCCUCCAUGUAUAAUGCAAACAAUAAUUGUCAUCGUUGAAUCAACCGGCAGUGCAAGAAACCAGCAACGAAAUCAACAACCUUGUCCGCAAGUGUAACGCCGCCUAUGAUUUAUUAAAUUGCUCGUGCGUACAAGAUAAAAUUUCAUACGGAUUGAAAGGUGCGCAAACGGCCAGUUGCCUUCGACGCGACGUAGCAAUGUUUUGAACUGAACGAAUAUCCUUCUGUUGAACUUUAUUGAACUCUACGUUCAUACAAAGUACAAAGUACCCAGUCUCUUGAAAUUAUGCCGAAACGAAUAACGCCGGAGAAAGUGAUCGACAUCGUUUGGUUUAGCGUAGCUUUGACUUUCUGUUGGCCGCUUCCUAUCAAUAGCAGCGGAACGCGAACUCUGGUUCACAAAGUUUUGCAGAUCAGUAGCGUUAUUAGCGCUUGCAUGCUGCUCCCGCCGCUGCUAUACUCGAUUUAUCUGCAUCUAGACGAUAUAAUCAUUGUUUCCGAAUGUAUCUGUCUGUUUAUGAUUGUAAGUCAAACUGUGGUUCAGACUGUUAUAUGUUUCAUCAAUCGCGAUUCCCUGCAAGUAAGUUUUUAUUCGCUUCCACCUUACGUUUGAUUGAAAAAGAUACGCGCUUUAAACGGGUUACAGCACGUAGUCGAGGAAAUGAUAAUCUGCGUUAAACAAGCGCGAGAAUACGAAAUGGAAAUCUUUUCCGAGAAUAUCGCGCGAUGCAGCGUCUUUUAUGCAAGUUCUAUGGUAUGUAUUUACUUGUCCGCGACUGCCUUUUCGAUAGGACCUGCAGCCUUGCCGCUAUCCUUCCCAAGCGAAGCGGAAUACCCAUUUCGCGUUAAUUAUACGCCAGUGUACGUUAUCAUCUACACGCAACAGUCUAUCCUCAGCUAUCAAUGCGCAGCACAUGUAUGCCUAAGCAUGUUUGGAUCGCUUCUGCUUUGGUUCACCGCCGCGAGAUUCCAGUGUUUGGCCAUGGAAUUAGAAAAGACCUCAGACGUUAGUACGCUGAUCGUUUGCGUUGAGAAACAAUUACAUUUGAGAAGAUACGCAAAACAGGUGGUGGAUAAUCUUCGUUUCAUAGUGCUUUACGCUGUAGGAGUAAGCACGUCUGCUCUAACUUUAUGUGGCAUUAUAUUGCUCGUGGAUGUACCGCCAAUGGUGAAAGUACAGUUCGUAACUCUGUGCCUCACUGUACUUACGGAGAUUUAUGUGUACGCGUGGUCGGCCGAUUACAUGAAAGAUAUGAGCAUAAAUGUUUCACGAAGCGCAUACGACACGAUAUGGUAUAAACAGACGUUGGAAAUGCAAAAAUAUUUGUCGAUCGUGCUGGUAUAUCAAGAGCCGGUAACCCUCUCUGUCAGUUGCAUAAUACCAGAGCUUUCUUUGCGUUAUUAUUGUUCGUAUCUGUCCAAUACUUUCUCCAUCUUCACUGCUUUGCGUGUGGUGAUCGAAGAUAAUGGAGAAUAA